AUGCCGCUUUCCGCAGUAGAGCGACUGUUCGUCAUUCGAAGCGACAUAGUUGCAUUCACCGACCCAAGAGGUAUUUGGAAAGCCCCCCUAUUGGUCCUCAUCGCUGUUCUGAUUUGGUGUCUCAAAAUCGCAAUGAUAUACCCCCCAGGUGCGCUCAGUGUUACACUCGAGCCUCACAAGUUCAUUGAAGCUCGUAACAUGUCAGUAAUGAACACAGUAAACCGUGGCAACGUGUCUGUAGAAGAAUACUCUUCGAUCCCUGGACUAGCCGUGUUGAGUACCUUUGUCCUCGAAGAACGAGUAGGGUUGGCGGCAUAUCUCCAACCCAAGAGCACCUUGAGCAACAUUGCACAGGCUGUGCUUGUGAAUGGUCAAAUCUUCACCCUACCAUCACAAACUGGGGAGAAUUCGACAUAUCAGUUGAGAUUCACAGCGCCACAGUUCCGCUGUAACACCCAGACGUACAAUACAUCCCAAGUAUUACAAUCAGAAGAACUUCAGUAUGCCCCUGAUGUUUACAAUAUCACGGCGAACAUCUUUGACGCGGCAUGGGACACUUCUUCUCUGGUGUAUAGCGUGGAAACAAAGAAACUUUCCAAUUUUACAGCACAAAGAAGCAGCAGCGGGAAGACAGUGUGGAAAGCUCUUGCCCAAACCGUGAAACAAGUCUGCGAAUCGACAUCGGUGUCUUUCACGGUCAACAUGUCAUUUCCUAGCGGUAUCCAACGGGUUGCGUAUUCAUCAAACAGCCCUCAGCUACUGCGACACAAGCUUAAUAUAGCCUAUGAUCGUGACAUGGUUUUACUGCAGGACUUGUACAAGCAAUGGCUUGAGUCAAAUAUGACAGGACCUGAGUUUUUCACGUUGGCAAAUGAGUGGGCCCUAUUGGACGCACUGGGAACAAAGCUCGGAGAUAGUGCUUCGAGGUAUCACCAUAUCGGUCUCGCAGAUGAAUGUGCACAGUCCAUCAAGUCAACCGAUAACUCUACAUUUUGGGACUGUGGGGAGUCGCUAUACAAUAGUCCUAGCCCAGCCAAUAGCAAUAAGCUGCGAGGUACAGCUUUUGACACUUCUCGCUUCGAUGCUCAGAAAAAAACAUAUGACCCUCGAGCUGACCUGGACCUUACUGAGGUAAUGCUUAACCAAAUCCUCGCCAACGUUACGAUCUCUGCCAUCUCACUAGGUACUUGGUGGGACAAUAUUCCCGUCACACUAGUACGUUAUCGUCGCUUAUACCGCUUCUCCGACCCACUCAACCUUAUCGUCCCAUACACCCUCUGUUUCGCCGCCGCUAUAGUCUUUGCCGCCAUGGCAACAUGGUCUCUUCUACAAAACGGCGUACCCGCCGCAGACGGCGGAUUCCUUCAAAUCAUGCUUGCAACAAGAGGAAAUACAGAGAUGAACAGGCGGGUACUGGAAGAAGGCGCCACAACGGUAGAAGACAUAUCAGAUGAGUUGAAGAGUUUGGAAGUUCGGUAUGGGGAAUUGCUCGGAGAGGGAGAGGGGGUGAAGCGCGGCUUUGGGACUGUGGAGGAGACGGCGUCGUUGAGGAAGAGGAGGUAG